GUUUUCACCGUUCAUUUCUUUAUUUAUUUAAAGCACCUUUUUCGGUUGAAAGGAAAAAACAAAUACAUAUUUUUAGAAAAUCCUUGAUAAAAAGAAGAACACUCCUCCUCUGAAUGUGCUUCUUCUCUCUUUCUUUCUCACUCUCUCUUAUCUUCUUACCUCUGUAGAUUUCUGACAAUGGAAGCAAACCAAGUAUAUGGUUUCUCUACACUUGUUGUUAUUCUGCUACUGUCACUGACUUUGACAGUGACAUCAACGGACGAGGUUGUUUCUUGUACAAUGUGUUCUUCCUGCGACAAUCCUUGUAAUCCCGUCCCAUCAUAUCCUCCUCCUCCGCCUCCUUCUCGUCCACCACCGUCACCAUCUACUACCGCAUGUCCUCCGCCUCCUUCUCCUCCCAGCUCCGGUGGUGGUGGCUCUUACUAUUACCCUCCUCCUUCUCAGUCCGGUGGCGGAAAAUACCCUCCUCCUUACGGUGACGGCGGUCAAGGUUACUACUAUCCUCCACCUUAUUCAGGAAACUAUCCCACGCCGCCUCCGCCGAAUCCCAUCGUCCCUUAUUUCCCGUUUUAUUAUCAUACGACACCACCAGGUUCCGGUUCAGAUCGGUUUAUGGGUUCUAGUUCUAUUAUGUUUGCUCUUUUCGCCAUGUUCCUCUGUUUAGUAUAACGGUAAAAUCGUCGGAGUUCGCCGGAAAAUACGAAGAAGUCGGAACAAUGUGGCAGAUCGGUAGAUCUACCAUAGCCCUUUGAAGGUUGUAGACAUAAUUGAUCAUGAAAACCAGAUGUUGGAUCAAAUGAUUGAUUAUCUUUUACUUUCUUGAAUCUGUAUAACUCUUUUUCUUGAAAAUUUGUAUUUAAAAGUUUAUUGCUAAUUAAUAUUUUAAUUACUCGAUAUUCAGAAAUAAAUAAUUGUUACUAUC